UUCGGUACUGAAUCGCUCCCACGAGGGACGCGAUUGCACGAAGGAGGACGAGGAGAUACAGUAGAUCUUUCAGCAGCUCCACCGGAACGAUCUUGAGACACGCACUCAUUUUGACAUCAGCGUAGCUAGGAAAGGGCAGAGGAGUGUGUGUGUGUGCGUGUGCCCACGUGGGUUCAUCUCUACGCCAUGGCAGGACCAUCGGCCUGGGUGUGCCGCACGUUGAUCGUGCUGACAGUGUUACUGACCGAUUUACCUGCAAAGUCUAAAGCCGACGAUUUCUUCAAAUCAUGCGAACCACUGCGACCCCCCGAAAGCGGAUACCUUGAAUGCGCGUCCGACUCACAAGGCCAAUUGUCAUGUACCGUCUCCUGUAUGAAAGGUUACCACUUACAGGGCGGCAGUACUGGCGUCUACAACUGUCGAAACGGAAACUGGACGCCGUUGGCAGAAAUGCCGCAUUGCGUCCUGAAUCGGAUCGUGUGCUCCACACCUGAUCCGCCGUUGAACGGUGCCGUGAGCUGCGUGAUGGAGGUGACGGGAGAGCAGACUUGCCGAGCUGACUGUUCCCAGGGCUACAGCUUUGCGAUGGCAAUCGACCCGCCACUCAUCGCCUGCAUCGACGGCCAAUGGAACGGCAGCUUCCCGCAGUGCUACCCGGAAGAUAUCGCGAGUCCUUCGCAAAUGAACACGGUCUACUUCGAGCCAGGCAAUCCCGGAGAGUGUGUGACGUGGGGUCUAAGCCACUUCCGCUCCUUCGAUGGGUCCCUGUUCGAGUUCCGCGGAGGUUGCUCCUAUCUGCUGGCGGGAGACUGCACGGACCAGACCUUCUCUGUGGUGCUGAGAACUGUGCGGCCGUGCAACUCGCUCUCCAACUGCAAGAGGAACUUAACCAUCACCAUCGGGCUCAUCGCCCUCGACCUCAGUGGCAGCGACGACGGUCCCGUGGCUUCCUCGGCCUCCAGCGUCAUCUCCAUUCCCACGUCGUGGAACGGCCUCCUCAUCGAGCGCAUCGCCGAUUCCAUCCUCGUUCGCAGCGGCCUGGGCUUCACCGUGCGCUGGGACGGCGAAAAUGCCAUAUCCGUGAUGGUCACCAACGAGCUCAGUCAUAAAACGUGUGGUCUUUGCGGCCUGUUCAACAACGACACGUCGGACGACUUGACCGGGAAGAACGGACGGCUUGCCACCUGCCCGCUCGCCUUCGGAAUGAGCUGGCGAGCCACGGAGCCCGGCGAGGAUGACAGCUGCCUUAAAAGCUCAUCGGCCGUGAGCAUGUGUCAGCCAGAUACGCUUCCAAUAGCAUAUCUGCAGUGCAAGAAGAUCCGCCACAAUCAGUUCUCCAACUGCACAGAUGACGUGAACCCGGAGCCGUACAUACGCGCCUGCUUAGAGGACGUGUGCCUCUGCUUGAUGGACAACCGCACCGACUGCCACUGCGCCUCCUUCGAGGCGUACGCCGGGGCGUGCUCGCGCCGCGGACACAGGCUCAGCUGGCGGGCACCGGACCUGUGCUACGUUGAAUGUCCUCCGGCCAUGGUGUACGACGACUGUGGGAGCGCCUGCCCGCACACGUGCAAGAGCGCCGUGUUCACUUGCGAGAACCAGCAGUGCGUGGAGGGCUGCCACUGCCCCGACGGGACCCUGCUGCACGACAAGACCUGCAUCACGCAGGACCAGUGUCCCUGCUCGAGCUUGGGCGACGAAUACCCCACUGGCAGCAUCAUCCUCGUCGACUGCAACAACUGCACGUGUGUUGGUGGAAACUGGCAAUGCACGACCACUGCAUGUGAAGCCACUUGUAAGGUAGUGGGAGAGACGCACGUGACUACGUUCGACAAGCGACCCUACGAAGCGGCAGGGCUGACUCUGGGAUGCGCGUACACCUUGGUGGAACCCUCGGACCCCUCUGCUGAGGCCUACGCCAUAGAGCUGGAGGGAGCCGCUUGCGGAUCAUCCGUCAAAGUGUGUUCCCGCGCCGUCAACAUUCGUGCUGCUGGACAAGCGCUGCGCCUCCAAGGGCCUCUCGAGUGUCUGCUCAACGGGUGGCGUAUCGGGGAACUGCCCCGGAAAAUCCCCGGCCUCCUGGUGGAACGUGUCUCUGUCCAGUUUGUGAGGGUGACUCUGGACAACGGCAUGCGCAUCGUUUGGGAUGGCGUGCGGCGCCUGUACGUGACGGCUCCGCCCGAGCUCGAAGGCACGGUGGCCGGGCUGUGCGGCACUUUCACCCGCGACCAGCGCGACGACUUCAUGACGCGUGCAGGAGAUGUCGAGAUCGAGGUGUGGGCCUUCACCGCUCGCUGGAAGGUGGCGCAGGGAGCGACCAACUCGUGCCCCGAAGCCAAUUCGCUGGCGCUGGCGUCUCCGUGCAACACGUACGCCCAGCUCAACUCGGCCGCCCAAGAGACUUGCAACAAACUGAUGAACGACCCAUUUAACUUAUGCCACACACGUGUCAACCCGGAUGCUUUCAAAAAGGACUGCACAUAUGAGGUGUGCACAGCUGGAGCUCUGACAGGCGCCGAAUGUAAGACAUUCGCAGACUACGCGUACAUCUGUGCUUCUCGAGGAGUCGUCCUGGCCAACUGGCGUCUACUUCUAGAUUGCACCGUGACGUGUCCCGGUGACAUGGUGUACCAGCAGUGUGCCUCUUCGUGCAGGAGUACCUGUGCCUCGCUGAGCAACAUUGAGGAUUGUCACGAGGAAUGUGCGGAGGGCUGCAACUGCCCAGAUGGACUUCUCCUUGAUUUCGAUGGUCUGAGCUGUGUGGAUCAGAGCCAGUGCAAGUGUUCUUACAGCAGCACAAACUACGCGCCAGGCAGCAUUUUGCAAAUGGGCUGCAAAAACUGCACGUGCGAGUAUGGCGGAUGGUCCUGCUGGAGCUCGGAAGGCUGCGUUGACGACAGCGGCCUCUGCCCCGAAAACAUGCAGUGGUCCCCAUGCAAGUCCUCCUGCCCUGUCACCUGCGGCAACAUGAACAACCCCAGCCUGUCGAGCUGCAUCACGGAGACAUGCGAUGCUGGUUGCGAAUGCUCGACGGGUCUGGUGUGGGACGGCUCUAAAUGUGUGCAACCCGCCAAUUGCCCUUGCUAUCACGGUGGACAAAGCUUCCAAACGGGACAAAGCAUCACACUCGACUGCAACAACUGUGUGUGCAAUGGACAGGUUUGGGAGUGUGAGCACAAGCGCUGCCCGGGCGUGUGCUCGGUGUAUGGCGACCCGCAUUACAAGACCUUCGACGGACGUGCCUAUGACUUCCAGGGCAACUGCCAGUAUGUGCUUGCGCGGACAAUCUACAGCCUGAUAGACUACAGCAGCUUAAACUUGACCGACAUGGGCGACGUGGACAACGACGGCUUCGUCCUCACGGUCGAGAACGUGCCGUGCGGCAGCAGCGGUGUAACUUGCACCAAGAACAUCGGUCUCAAGUACUGGCGUGCUCACAACGGCGAUAUCUUCAAGAUAGAUCUGGUGCGGGGGAAAAAUGUCGUGGACCCCACCGGCAAUUUCAUCAUUCGCCGCGCAGGUCUCUACCUGUUCGUCGACACUCCCAUCGGCGUGUCCAUCCAGUGGGACUACAGCACACGGCUCUACAUCAGGCUUCACCCCAAAUACAUGGGUUUGGUGGAAGGCUUAUGUGGAAACUUCAAUGGUGAUCAGAAUGAUGACUUUGUGACACCAGCUGCAGGACCACCUGAAGAGAUGCCAAACAUAUUCGGUGACAGCUGGAAGGUGCACGCGUACUGCGCACCGGCCGUGGUCAUCAACGACACGUGCCUGACGCACCCUCACCGGGCUGCGUGGUCGCAGCGCAAGUGCGGCGUGCUCCGCUCAUCUCUGUUCGCCGACUGUCAAGGCGUGGUCGCUGUGGCGCCGUACGUUGACCGCUGCCUCUACGAUGCGUGUGGCUGCGAUAGCGGCGGUGACUGCGAGUGCCUGUGCACGGCCAUUGCGGCGUACGCCUACGAGUGCAGUGCAAACGGUGUGCCCAUCGAGUGGAGGAGCGACGAACUCUGCCCUAUGCAAUGCGGCCACUGCCCAAUGGAGUACUCAGCUUGCACCUCAGCGUGUCCCAAGACAUGCAGCAAUGCCAUGUUCUAUAAUGACGUCUUGUCUAACUGCAAGGACAGCUGCGUGGAGGGCUGUGCUUGUCCCGAUGGCUACGUUUUGGAUGAGUCCGAGAAAAGCUGUGUCAAGGAGGACGAGUGCGUAUUCUGUAUAAUUGUGGCUGGAAUAAAAUACAAGGAAGGCGCUGUGAUACCAUCAAUGUCAGACAAGUGUCACACAUGUUACUGCUCCAAAGGACGCAUCCACUGUUUAGGCCAGCCUUGUAAACCCACUACUAUUAGUCCGACAGGAGAAUUUACUACUAAGUCGCAAAGUACAUAUCCAGAAUCAACCACCACAGGGUAUGAAGAAAUUUCAACAACACCUGAAGAAAUAACAACCAUUCCAGAAAUCACCACUCUGGAAACCACCACUCCAGAAACACCAACUCCAGAAAUCACCACUCUGGAAACCACCACCACUCCAGAAACACCAACUCCAAAAAUCAUCACUCUGGAAACCACCACUACAGAAACAACUACUCCAGAAAUUACCACCACCACUCCAGAAUCCCCCACUCCAGAAUCCACCACUCCAGAAAUCCCCACUGUCAAAACCACCACUCCAGAAAUCACCACUCUGGAAACUACCACCACCACUACAGAAUCCACCACUCCAGAAAUCCCCACUGUCAAAACCACCACUCCAGAAACACCAACUCCAGAAAUCACCACUCUGGAAACUACCACCACCACUACAGAAUCCACCACUCCAGAAAUCCCCACUGUCAAAACCACCACUCCCGAAACGCCAACUCCAGAAAUCACCACUCUGGAAACCACCACUUCACAGACUCCUGAAAGUACUACGCAACCCAGAGAGAAGUGUGCAGGUGGAUACUGGACAGAGUGGAUGAAUAGUGGUUCACCAUCAAUUGGCAAUGGUGGUGAUUUUGAAUCCCACACCGCAUUACAUCUAAAAUACUCUUAUUGUGACGAAUCUGCUGUGUCUGGUGUUGAGUGCCGUGUAAGUGGUUUGAAUGUACAAUGGUAUGCGACCCAUCAAGUUGGUGUGGUUUGCAGUAACAGCGGUCUUUCAUGCCACAACGACGAUCAAAUUAAUUACCCACUCUGCUUUGACUAUGAAGUGCGAUUUUGCUGUCAGUCGGUAACUACUGAGCAGCCAACAACUACGAUUGCUACAACUUCUCCGCCAACCACCCUACCACCAAGUACAACCCCAAAGUUGUUGCCUCCAGGGUGUAUCAAGCAUGGCUGGUCAGAUUGGAUGGAUUCAGACUCACCCUUUACGGACAAGGAAGGUGACCUUGAGAGCUUCACAAACCUACGUCGAUUGUAUGUCUUCUGCGAAUCACCCGUGACAAUUCAGUGCCGCGUAAAGGACACCCCCCUGGCGUACGACGAAGCUGGACAAUAUGGCGUGACGUGUGAUUUAAUGUACGGUCUACAUUGCUAUAACAGACUGCAACCAGAACUUCAGUGCCUCAACUAUGAAGUCAGAGUUUACUGUCACUGCCAGAUCACUCCCACACCAUUUGAAACUUCUACUGAGACAACGACUUUGAAGACAUCCACUUCCUCUCCAAGUACCACUAAAGUACCAAUAACGGAAACCCAUACAAGCACUCAAAAAUCAACUAAAAAAAGUACUACAUCUCCUUGGGCUACACAUCUUGAUCUUACUUACUCACUACCCGAAUUUACACUGCCUCUUGAAGAGACAACAUCCAGCACUGCACACACUACAAAAUCAUCCAGCACUCAUUCUACCACCAAGAAAUUCACUUCAGAAAGCACUUCGGCGACGACGGAAAUCACUAGGACUUCCACAUCUGUUUCUACAAGUACGUCACCUAAAUCUACCACCCCAAAAGGAACCACAACAAAAGAGAUUUACACAACUCCAAAGACUCAAUCAACUACGUCUUGCUAUUACAUAAUGUCCACCCCGAAGAUUAAAUAUUCUUCUUCAAGUGAUGAGCAAACAUCGCCAGAUUCUGAAAGUUCUGAGCAGGAUUCUCAUGAAUCAUGGACCCCAGAUAAAGAUGACAAAUAUCCUUACAUAGAGUUUAAUUUUACACCAGGAAAUGAAGUCAUUGGUGUACAAAUCAAGGGAAAGAUGGAAGAGUGGGUUACACAAUUCACAGUUUCCUAUAGUGUUGAUGGAACAUUAUGGGUACCCUUAUACCAGAUAUUUGAGGGAAACUCUGAUGGAAGUUCUGUGAAAAUAAUAAAAUUCAGUCCGCCUAUUCCUAGCGAUGCUGCUUAUAUCCGUAUCUAUCCAAUUGACUGGAACAAUCACAUCAAAUUUUAUGUCCAGCUUCUCCAAGCCUGCCAGCCUGAGACUUCCACAUCGGUGCCUGUUUCUACAAGCACACCAUCCGAAUCUACUACUACCCCGGCAGAAACCACAACUCCAAAGACUCAGUUUACUACACCUUGCUAUUACAUAAUGACCAUCCCCAAGGUAACAUAUUCAUCCUCAAGUGAUGAGCAAAUAUCACCAGAAUCAGCAAGUUCUGAGCCAGAUUCUCAUGAAUCCUGGACGCCGGACAAAGAUGACAACAACCCCUACAUACAGUUUCAGUUUCCUUCAGGCACUGAGGUCAUUGGAAUCCAAGUCAAGGGAAGGAAUGAUGAGUGGGUUACCAAAUUUACAGCGUCCUACAGUGUUGAUGGAAUCAUUUGGGUGCCGAUAGACCAGAUAUUUGAAGGCAACUCUGAUGGGCACUCAGAGAUCAUCAUUUAUUUCAAGCCAUCUCUCCCAAUUGAUGCUGCUUAUGUCCGUCUCUAUCCAAUCGACUGGCACAAUCACAUCAGCGUACAGGCCAACCUUGUACAAGCCUGCCUGCCUACCACAUCCGCGCCUCCAAGCACACCACCCGAAUCUACGACUACCCCAAAAGAAACCACAACACAAAUUCACGUAACUCACAAGACUCAUACUCCACCUUCCACAUCCGUGCCUUUUUCAACAAGCACACCACCCAAAUCUACGACUUCCCCGGCAGAAACCACAACUCCAAAGACUCAGUCUACUACACCUUGCUAUUACAUAAUGACCAACCCCAAGGUAACAUAUUCAUCCUCAAGUGAUGAGCAAAUAUCACCAGAAUCAGCAAGUUCUGAGCCAGAUUCUCAUGAAUCAUGGACGCCGGACAAAGAUGACAACAACCCCUACAUACAGUUUCAGUUUCCUUCAGGCACUGAGGUCAUUGGAAUCCAAGUCAAGGGAAGGAAUGAUGAGUGGGUUACUAAAUUUACAGCGUCCUACAGUGUUGAUGGAAUCAUUUGGGUGCCGAUAGACCAGAUAUUUGAAGGCAACUCCGAUGGAGACUCAGAGAUCAUCAUUUAUUUCAAGCCAUCUCUCCCAAUUGAUGCUGCUUAUGUCCGUCUCUAUCCAAUCGACUGGCACAAUCACAUCAGCGUACAGGCCAACCUUGUACAAGCCUGCCUGCCUACCACAUCCGCGCCUCCAAGCACACUACCCGAAUCUACGACUACCCCAAAAGAAACCACAACACAAAUUCACGUAACUCACAAGACUCAUACUCCACCAUCUACAUCGACGGCAGUUUCUACAAGUGUCCCACUAGUGCCCACCACACCACCUCCAUCUACAACAACAAGUUAUCAGAUUACAACACCAUGUUCAUAUGCAAUGGAGAAUCCUAAAAUUGAAGUUUCAUCCCGAAGUGAAGAUGAGGGAUCAGGAAGUUCUCAAGAAUAUUAUGAUGCGCCAUGGACUCCAGACAAGAAUGAUCAAUCUCCUUACAUACAAUUUGAAAUACCACCUGGAAGUGAAGUCGUUGGCAUAAAAACACAGGGUCACCCAGAAGAUGAAGAAUGGGUUACAAAAUACAUUAUUUCAUAUAGCCAUGAUGGAGUUACAUGGGUGCCUCUGAACAAGGUGUUUGAAGGCAAUAAUGACAAUAUUGCCGUGCAUAUUAACUACCUGGUUCCUUCAAUUCCAAAUUCCAAAUAUAUCCGCAUUAUUCCAAUAGAAUGGCAAAAUGAAAUUAGCUUGAUUGCAGAAGUGCUUCUUGGGUGUAAGGCUGAAGCUUCGACAACUGCACCUGUCUCAAUAAGCAAACUAACAGGUUCUACGACUCCAGAAAAAAGCAUAACAACAAAAGUUUACACUACUCCAGAAGGAACCACAAAAACAAAAGUUCACACCACAACAAAAGAACGUACAACAAAAGUUUACACGACUCCAGAAGCACCCACGACAACACAGGUUUACACGACUACACCUUGUUCAACACCAAUGAAGAAUCCUGAGAUUUCAUAUUCAUCAGGAGAUGUUCCUGAAAAAGGCAAACCAUGGUCUCCAAGUAGUGAUGACAACUCCCCAUACAUAGAAGUUAAAAUACCUCCAGGAAGUACAUUUGUCGGCGUAAAAACCGAGGGUAAUCCAGAGCAACCUCAGUGGGUUUCAAAAUAUGAAAUUUCAUACACCACCGAUGGAGUUCACUGGGUGGUAAUUGACAAGGUAUUUGAAGGCAAUCAUGACAGCACCACGGAACAAACCAACUACGUGGUACCUUCAAUCCCAGAUGUUGUAGCCAUACGUAUCAUACCCGUAGAAUGGAUUGAUAAUGGAGUUAAGCAUACAGAUGAAUCAUAUGAAAAAAUAAGCAUCAUUGUAACAGUUCUGCUAGAUUGCAAAGCUUCAUCAACAACAAUACAAGUUUCAACAACUGAAACAUCAACACCGCCCACUCCCACCCCUAAAGUGACAACAACAACAAGCAUUCAGACCACAACACCUUGCUAUUACAUAAUGCCUAUCCCGAAGAUAACAUACUCCUCCUCAAGUGAUGAGCAAACAUCGGCAGAAUCAGCAAGUUCAGAGGUGGACUCUCAUGAAUCCUGGACCCCAAACAAACAUGACAGCAACCCCUACAUACAAUUCCAAUUCCCUCCAGGGAAUAAUGUUAUCGGAAUACAAAUCAAGGGCAAGGAAGAAAAGGAGGAGUGGGUUACAAAAUUCACAAUUUCCUACAGUGUUGAUGGAAUUGUAUGGAUUCCGCUGAACGAGAUAUUUGAUGGCAACUCUAAGGGACACUCGGAAAUCAUUUUUUUCAGCCCAUCUAUCCCAUCCGAUGCUGCUUAUGUCCGUGUUUAUCCUAUUGAAUAUCAUGGGCACAUCAGCUUACUUGCUCAACUUCUACAAGACUGUCAGCAUGAGUCAACAACAAUACAAGUUUCAACAACUGAAACAUCAACACCGCCCACUCCCACCCCUACAGUGACAACAACAAGCAUUCAAACCACAACACCUUGUUCAACACCAAUGGAAAAUCCUGAGUUUUCAUAUUCAUCAGGAGAUGUUCCUGAAAAAGGCAAACCAUGGUCUCCAAGUAGUGAUGACAACUCCCCAUACAUAGAAGUUAAAAUACCUCCAGGAAGUACAUUUGUCGGCAUAAUAACCGAGGGUAAUCCAGAGCAACCUCAGUGGGUUUCAAAAUAUGAAAUUUCAUACACCACCGAUGGAGUUCACUGGGUGGUAAUUGACAAGGUAUUUGAAGGCAAUCAUGACAGCACCACGGAACAAACCAACUACGUGGUACCUUCAAUCCCAGAUAUUGUAGCCAUACGUAUCAUACCCGUAGAAUGGAUUGAUAAUGGAGUUAAGCAUACAGAUGAAUCAUAUGACAAAAUAAGCAUCAUUGUAACAGUUCUGCUAGAUUGCAAAGCUUCAUCAACAACAAUACAAGUUUCAACAACUGAAACAUCAACACCGCCCACUCCCACCCCUACAGUGACAACAACAAGCAUUCAGACCACAACAAGCAUUCAGACCACAACACCUUGCUAUUACAUAAUGCCUAUCCCGAAGAUAACAUACUCCUCCUCAAGUGAUGAGCAAACAUCGGCAGAAUCAGCAAGUUCAGAGGUGGACUCUCAUGAAUCCUGGACCCCAAACAAACAUGACAGCAACCCCUACAUACAAUUCCAAUUCCCUCCAGGGAAUGAAGUUAUUGGUAUACAAAUCAAGGGCAAGGAAGAAAAGGAGGAGUGGGUUACAAAAUUCACAAUUUCCUACAGUGUUGAUGGAAUUGUAUGGAUUCCGCUUAACGAGAUAUUUGCUGGCAACUCUAAGGGACACCCGGAAAUCAUAAUUUAUUUCAGCCCAUCUAUCCCAUCCGAAGCUGCUUAUAUCCGUGUUUAUCCUAUUGAAUAUCAUGGGCACAUCAGCUUACUUGCUCAACUUCUACAAGACUGUCAGCAUAAGUCAACAACAAUAGAAGAUCAUACAACAACUAAAACACCAACAUCGCCCCCUCACACCCCUACAGUGACAACAACAAGCAUUCAAACCACAACACCUUGUUCAACACCAAUGGAAAAUCCUGAGUUUUCAUAUUCAUCAGGGGAUGUUCCUGAAAAAGGCAAACCAUGGUCUCCAAGUAGUGAUGACAACUCCCCAUACAUAGAAGUUAAAAUACCUCCAGGAAGUACAUUUGUCGGCAUAAUAACCGAGGGUAAUCCAGAGCAACCUCAGUGGGUUUCAAAAUAUGAAAUUUCAUACACCACCGAUGGAGUUCACUGGGUGGUAAUUGACAAGGUAAUCUUUGCAUCUCACCCAACACAUUAUUUGAGCACUUAUUUUGUCAUAUCGUGAAUUGAGAGUGAUAAUUGCCUUCAUGGAAUUUCUAAUGGUUCUCUCCAACAUUAACAACUUUCUCUUUUAUUGCAUUAGGUAUUUGAAGGCAAUCAUGACAGCACCACGGAACAAACCAACUACGUGGUACCUUCAAUCCCAGAUAUUGUAGCCAUACGUAUCAUACCCGUAGAAUGGAUUGAUAAUGGAGUUAAGCAUACAGAUGAAUCAUAUGA